GGGGUUUAGCCGUGGCAGCGGGCUUUCCCAUCGUUGUUGGUCAUUGCAUGAUACGGCCAGAUAUCAAUGCUGAGCCAAUUGAUCCUAGUCUCCAAGUACCACCGUUGUGCCCCCCAUUGCACUAUUUCAACUACCUACCGUUGCCAUUAACAGCAGAAGCAGCCGCCGCCGCCGCUCCUCAUCACCCAGCAAUCACAUUCCUUCAUCGCUUCAAUCAUGCCGUGGACCGCAGCCAAGGACUCGCCCAACACCUUCACGCGGCCCCUGGGCCCCAAUGAGACUUUCAUCAAGUUAGUCAGUGACCCUGGCCACCCCUUGGGUCGGGAGCACUGGGCCGUCAAUUACACCGUCGCCAUCCAACCUCGGGGGCAGUUUACGUCUGCAGAUCUUCUCCCAGCCCUCAUCCGCUACAGUUGGUUACAGCUGCGCUUCCAACACCCGAGUCUGGCCGCGCAUCCCGACGCAUCCAACGCCCACGUCGUCUACGUGGUGCCUGAUUCGGCCGAUGCGCUUAGCCAAUGGGCCUCCCAGACCUUCUCCGUCGAGGCCGACGCCCAGUGCGCCGACGAUGUAAUCCGUCGCAUCGCUCCAGCCCCGGACGCCCGACUGUACUACAUUCCCCAAACCGGUGAACUACUCUUGCACAGCGCACACUGGCGGAUGGACGGAGUGGGCGGCCUUUUCCUUUUGGGUCAACUGGUGGACCUGAUGGCUUCGCACUGUGGACAGGAGGAGAAGAAGCUGCGGCCCGAAGCCGCAUUUGAGGCUCUUCCCUGGGGAUCGGAGGUCGAGCGGCUCGCGCCCCCCGUGGAAGAAGCCGGCAACUUGCCCCUCACGGCGACGGAGGAGCAAAAGGCUAUUGCGCACGGGGCGGUGGGGACCUUUGCGCUGGCGGCCGGGGCGGUGGGGGUGCCGUAUCUGGGGGACGGCUCGACAGUGCCCGCGGGUACGCGGGCCGCUGAGCUGCGCUUCUCGCCCGCCAGCACCGCCGCCGCCGUGGCCGCCGCCAAAGCCCGCGGGGUCAGCAUCACGGCGGCGGUGCAUGCCAGUCUCGCCGCCGUCAACUUCCGCCGCGCCAUCGCCGACCACCGCCACCAGGGCCGCCACUACACCAGCACCAUCAAACAGUCGCUGCGCCCGUACCUGCCUCCCCCGUACUCGACCCCGGCGGUGGCCGCCGCGCUGUUUACCUCGGGCUGGUUAGCCCGCGUCGAACCCGCCUCCAACACCUGGGAGGAGAUGGCCCGCAAGUACCAGGCUGAGUAUCAGAAAGGGAUCAGCAGCGACUAUCUCCAGGCCCACCGCGAGUAUGCCUCCACCUUGGUCGAGGUCAUCCGCAACCUGCCGACGCCGGCGGAGCCCCCCAGCGACAUCGAUAUCAGCAGCAUGGGCAUCAUGGAGCAAUAUCUGCAGCGCGAAUAUGGCACCCCCGAGCGCGGGUUUAGUGUCAUUCAUGCCGGUGUCGGGGUGGAAAUGCUGUCGCGCCAGGGCGUGGUCUUUGUCUGGACGUUUCGGGAUCAAUUGACUCUGCGGCUGGUGUAUAACGAGGCAUUCCACGCCCCCGAACAGAUGACGGAGUUUUUGAAGGACGUUCAGGCGGACUUGUUGACGCAGUUGCAAGUGGUGGAAUAGAUUUUAAGCGGCAAAACAAAGGAUGCGACCGAUAGAAGGAUGUGAUAUGUGGGAAGAUAAAGGUACACCCACCAACUCGUAGCCAGACUAGUCGUUAGUAUGCACGAUAGUAUGAAUCCAUUAAGAACAACAGCAGCUUACCACGUUACAACGGAAGAUGCUGAGAC